UCAAAAGAAGAACUAGCUAAAACAGUUAUUUAUGUUUUAUUUAGCUAACUAAAUUAUGAAACUAGAUUAUGAAGAAUUUAAGUCAAAGCUUCUACCUGUUAGGCCAACGAGACAGUUUCUUCUUUUAUUUACCUUCAGAACAAAAAAGGGGAUCGUUUCCGUGUUUCCUCGUUUCCAUGGCAACCACAAAUACGUGAAAAUGAUCAGAAAACAAAGACGUGGCCCACGUAAAAUCAGGAAGUUGCCCACCAAGGCUCCAUCGGUGGAGCAGAUGUUGCCAGAUGUCACUGCUGAGGUCCCAGGGUUGCCUGACGAGUACAUGAGCGCUCUUCAUGCAGCCUGUGUUCAUGGGCAGCUGGCUACUGUGCAGGUCCUGGUGGAAUCCAGGCCAUGGUGGGUAAACAUCAGUGAUUCCCAGGGCCGCCAGCCCCUUCACAUGGCCCUGUCAUGCCACGCAUCCCCCAACACCCACACUUGUCUCAGAUACCUGCUGGCGCACGAAGCUGAUGUCAAUGCCACCACUGAUUCAGGUCAGACCCCACUCCACCUAGCUGCCUCAGAAGGCCUCCUGGAAUGUGUAGAAAUCCUCGUGAAAGCAGGAGCAGACGUGCUGGCAAAGGACAGCAUGGGACUUACACCUCUAGAUACGGCACGCAUCUUGUGCCACAGGAAAGUAGCGAGAUAUCUAAAAACCAGUCUGUGGCAGGCUAAUAAGAAGAGGGAACUGGAGGAGAGGAUACUGGCUCAGGCAUUAUACAGAGACCUCAUGAAUAAAGUCAAACAGACUGAUCCCAGUAGACAGGCACUCAUUGAUGAAAAAGUGGCAGACUGGGCAAAGAAGAAAGGCUUGCCUCUUUUGAAGGAUUUGACCCCCAGGGUGCAGGCAAGCAAAUACCACAGCCAGUGUCUCCUGCCAGACCAGAGUGCUUUUAAACCAAAGCAAACCAAGAACCAUCCAGGAGACCCUCUGAAGAACAAAAGCUCCUUCACUAAACAACCAGCAGCCUCAUACAGCAGUCCCUGGUCCAUCUUUAUUGGCCACCAACCAGAGGAACCCCUCACAGAGCCAGACCUCAGGGACAGCGUCACAUUGUGGAUGGACAGGAGGAACCAGAAGCUUCAGUAUGUCACUAAGUGGGAGGGUUCACCCCGUCCCACCCCCAACCUGCCUCUGGAUGUUGUUGAGAGGGUGUUGUUCCCCAGAGCCUUCCCUUCUAGGAUCGCCACGCCUCACUGCUUUGAGCCACUGAACAUCGACGAGGUCCAACAUCGAAGAUGUCCUCAGGGAUGGAGCACCUCCCCCUGGACGGAGGUGGCCAUGCACCUGGCUGAAGUGCUGGAGCCAGGUCACUACUGAGCUUCCGAGUAGGUGCUGAAGGAAUUCCAAUUAGAGCUGACAACAAAUAAACAAUGUAAAACAAA